AUGCUUGGAAUUCAUGCACAUUCGUAUUUUGGUAUUGAACCUCCCCUUACAUGGGAAGUUCAAUGUUUUGCCAUGUUCGAUUGGAAGCAUGUGUUGGGAUUAAGAGAAGUUGAUCUGGAAACACAGAUUCUACUUGAGAAAUAA